UACAAAAACGCUUUUGAUUCAAUGUCUAUUGCAAUCACGUUUUAGUCACGCAUGAUCCACAGGCAAUAGAGCACUGCUCUGUAGACCUUGUAGGUAUUACUUUAGUAUAUAGUUAAAACGAGGUAGCCAUGCUAUUUAACGUGGCACCGCUAUUGGACGGCAGAAACCAAGCUGGGGUUAUUCUAGCCGUUUUCUUGGGUUAUUACAUCAAGCGACGUUUCUUCACAUCCAAAAAGCGCUCUAUUAAAUGGAAAAACCCCUUUGCUCAAGACUCUAGGUCCCCCUUGACUCCACUGGUUACUGAACAAGAAAAACGUGAUGAAAUCUUGAAGAAAGCAUUUACUAAACAACUUGCCACUGAACACCAAUGGGAUGCUAUAGUUAUUGGAAGUGGCAUGGGAGGUCUCUCCAGUGCAGCCCUGCUCAGUAAAGCAGGUCUUAAAGUCUUGGUUCUUGAGAAGCAUGGCAAAUGUGGUGGCGCCUGUCACAUCUUCAAAGCAGAAGGCUAUGAGUUUGAUGUUGGAAUUCACUAUGUUGGGAAUCUUACCCGUCACACCCUUAAUAAAACUUUGUUGGAUCAAAUUAGCGAUGGUCAAAUCCAGUGGGCUCUACUUGAAAACAAUUUCGACCGUGUGAUUGUCGAUGCAAUGUCUCCAACGCAACGCGAAUACAAUAUUCCGUCCGGUCGUGGUGUCUGGAAAAAUCAGCUGAUUGAGCAAUUUCCCGAAGAGCAAAAAGCCAUCGAAACUUUUUUCUCCAUGGUCAACAAAGUGACCCGCCAAACCAAAGCCUGGGUUAUGGUCAAAGUGAUUCCCAUCUGGUUGGUCAAAUUGAUAAGCCUGUUUGGCUUACCGCGUUUUUUGAGCGAUUUUUAUGCCCUGGGUGGCCGUACACUCAAAGACGUCAUUGAGAGCUUAACCAAGAACAAGGAUCUACAGCUUCUGUUCGCCUACAGCUGGGGAACCUAUGGCGAGCCACCGAACCGCAGCAGCUUUGCCCUGCAAGCUCUACUUCACGCUCACUAUGAAGACGGGGCUACGUAUCCGAUCGGAGGAGCUUCAGAAAUCCCAUAUCGAAUUGUUCCGGUCAUUGAACGGGCUGGAGGUCGCGUCCUGAUGAAAGCCCCAGUCUCCCAGAUUCUCACAGAAGAUGGGAGAGUGACGGGUGUUCGAGUGGGCAACAAGGAGAGCUCCGCAGUCGAUAUCUUCGCCCCCAUAGUCAUUUCUGAUGCAGGCCUCCACAACACUCUUAUGGACUUGCUUCCGGAAAACAUUGCCAAAACGUCUCCCGCCUGGCCUUUAACCAGUGCAAUGAAACCAGGAAUCGGUUGCUUGAGCGUUUUUAUUGGACUUCGGGGUACAGCUGAAGAAUUGGGCCUCAAAGCCGAAAAUCUCUGGGUCUUUACCGACUCUAGCCUUGAAGAUGGAUUUAACAACAUUUUCGAUGGCAGAACCCUGGAUGAUGUGCUCUACAAGCCUUAUCCAGCAUUUUUCGUUGGGUUCCCUUCUGCCAAAGACCCUUCGUGGGAGAGUCGCUAUCCAGGCCGCAGUACUAUCACGGUCGUGUCGUUCGCCCCGUACUCUUGGUUUGCUCAAUGGUCGGAUUUGAAAGUUAAAAAGAGGGGCGAUGAGUACGAUUCGCUGAAAAAUGCCAUCGGUCAACAAAUCAUCGAUCAAAUUACUCAUCUCUACCCCGACCUGAAGAAUGCCAUCGAUUAUUUUAGCGUUGGGACUCCAAUUACUAAUGAGCACUACCUUAACGCCAAAGAAGGUGCCAUUUACGGCCUGGAACACGGCGUCGAGCGUUUCAGCCCGAAACAGGCGUCACUGUUGCGCCCCGAAACCGGGAUCGAAGGAUUGUUUCUCAGCGGGCAGGACGUGAUGUGUUCCGGUUUGGUGUCUGCAAUGCUGAGCGGCCUUCUCUGUGCCAGCUCCGUCUUGAAAACUAAUCUUUUCAAUGACCUCAUUCUAUUGCACAAGAAAGUGAAGGCCGCCGCCGCCGCCGCCACGGCUCAAAGCCAACGUAGUAAGGAAGACUAAGUACAUUUCGCCUUCCGGUUGACUCUUUUGAUUCAUCAUUGUCAAUCGUGAAUAACAGUGCCAUGGUUUUGCAAUUUCUUGGCCAGAAAAAAAAAAAAAAAAAAAAAACUAAAUCACUUCUGUCCUGUUGCGUCACACCAUAUAGUCUGUCUCUUGUUUACUCAACAUAAGAAAUAUAUGUGUACGAACUUA